AUGGGAACGGCAGAGCGGAGGCUGACAGGUGUGCUCUCCACAAGCGGGGACUUGAGCACGUGCGGCAGUGGGACGCAGGCUGGGGUGCGGCGAAGUGGGUGCGGGGAGAAAGCGUCCAGCACCACGGUCGCGCUCAGGCUGGAGAGCCCAGAGGUGGCAGCGGCGGCGGCUGCAAGAGGCGACCCCGCGGCUGAGAGGAGCGCGCCCGCGCCGCACCACCGGGACAAGCUCGCCAGCCAGCCGCUUCCUCUCCCUCUGAGGAGCAGCCACUGCUCCUGGCAUUUCCGCCGCCUGCUCCGGAGGCAUCCUAAGCCCCGGCCACGCACAAUUGCUGCCAACAAAGAGGAGCGGAGAGGUCAAGCAGCUCCUUGGGUCCAUUCGUCCUGGAGAGCAGAGGAGGAGACCAGGCUCGAGCAGACAGGGAAGCGAGUUUGGGCUGAGGCAACUGACUGGAUGAAGCGGGAUGAGAAAACCCCUGGAGACGCCCUAGCGAGUGCACGCGCCAGGCGGAGCGCGCAGGUGGGGCUGCUCUCUCCGCGGUCCGCACCGCGUGGUCCUCGCUCUAGCCCCGAGGAUGGGCGCUGGCGCCCCGGGGCCCCGCCCGCCCCGCCCGCCCCGCCCGCCCCUGCCACCUCCGCGCCCCUGGCGAUCCUGGCUUCCUGCCCAUGCUCCUUGCUCAUGUAUGGGAAGCCCAGUUCCAAGGCGAUGGCAAUUGGUGCACUCUCUACUUCCCUCCUGGUCACCUGCUGCCUGAUGGUGGCUCUGUGCAGUCCAAGCAUCCCGCUGGAGAAACUGGCCCGGGCGCCUGAGCAGCCAGGCCAGGAGAAGCGCGAGCACGCGUCUCGGGACAACCUCGGGCGGGUAAGCGAGCUCGGCCGCCCCGCAAGAGACGAGGGCGCUGGUGGCCGGGACUGGAGGAACAAGGGCGGCCGCGGGCUCGCCAGCAGGGACGCAUGGAGCAAGCAGAAACAGGCCUGGGCUGCCCAGGGCGGGGGCGUCCAGGCCCGGAACCUGCAGGGCCGGCCCCGCGGAGACACCCCUCAGCUGGAGCCCCCAGCAGCUGCAGCAGCUGCAGCAGCUGCAGCACCUCAGGACUCAGCAGGCCCAGAGCUCGUGUCCACGCUCGAGCCGCCUGAGGAGUACGCAUACCCCGACUACCGAGGCAAAGGCUGCGUAGACGAGAGCGGCUUCGUGUACGCAAUUGGGGAGAAGUUCGCACCUGGCCCGUCUGCCUGUCCGUGCCUGUGUACUGAGGAAGGGCCGCUGUGCGCGCAGCCCGAGUGCCCGCGCCUGCACCCGCGCUGCAUCCACGUCGACAGGAGCCAGUGCUGCCCGCAGUGCAGAGAGAGGAAGAACUAUUGUGAGUUCCGGGGCAAGACCUACCAGGCACUGGAGGAGUUCGUGGUGUCCCCAUGUGAGCGGUGCCGCUGUGAAGCCAGUGGGGAAGUGCUGUGCACAGUAUCUGCUUGUCCUCAGACAGAGUGUGUGGACCCCGUGUACGAGCCUGAUCAGUGCUGCCCAAUCUGCAAAAAUGAACUUGAGAGUAGUUUGGAAGACGGUGGCCUCAGGAAGAUCAAGUCCCAGAAAUUCUUCUAUGGCUACAGGAAUUGGGCCUUUCUUGUCCUGAGGCAUGAUCCUGAGCUGCAGGAAUGGUCUAAGGAUCUCUGA